AUACCAAUAAUUUUAAUAGACUCGUGUCUACUAGAUCCAUGAACAACUAAAAGUAGUCUUGAUGAUACGAAAAAGGACAAUUAAGUCCUCCUCUUCAUAUUAAGUGGGUUUUCUAACCUGCCAAUUACAGCUUUCCAUUUUCUUCCCAGAAUUAUACAUCAUGUGGAUCACAAACCCCACUGUCCCUGGAGCUUGCCAGCUUCACGCUGCCACCUGUGGCUCAGCUCUGUUCUCGGCAUGCAUUUAUGCAUUUAUGUUUAUCUGUUUUCACUCAUGGUCCCUAAAAAUUUAGUUUUCCAUUACCACCAGCACAAUUUCAGGAUGCCCUGGCAGCUUCAUUUACAGUGACACGUUUAAGAGAUGGAAGACAGAUUUCGAUGUUAUGCAUUAGCAAUAAAGCAAGAUUUACAGAAAGUUGCCCAGACCACUGGGAGAGAUUAUUGAACCCCCAGUGGCAACAGCUCAUCCCUGGAGGACUACGUUGCAGGCAUCCAUGGCAACGAUCCCUCUCACCUGGCAAUGAAUGUCCCCAAGUCCUACACAUCCCCAAUAUCGUUUCCCUUCCAGGCAGAACAGGGGUUACAGGUUUCCCAGCUGCUCACACAUCACCUGGCAAAUCUCUCCAGCCAGCCCCACCAGCGCCACUACCAGCCAGAGAAGUAAACAGGCUGAAAAUGAGCCUUGAAGAAUCUAGGUUAAGAAAGGAUAAUAAAGAGCACGGUGAGAGAGUUUGGAUCCACAGGUUCUGGAAUCCCUUCCUGGGCAUAUCUGGACGCCAAGGAUUGUGGAGUUGUAUCCCAAAGGAUGAGAGAAAAGGAGAUUUCAGGAUGCUUUUCUUGUGUAAUGUCUGGAAACAUCACCCCAAGCAUACAUGUACAGACAAAUAAAGAAUUUCGUAUAAAGUGAGUUAUAAAGAACUGACACUAUAUAAAGCAUGGAGCUAGGCUCAGUUCAACUCAGUGACCAAGGACCCAGCAAUGGCUGAGUCCCAGGCACAGGGCUGGUGCGUCAGGGAUGAGCAGGCGGGGUGUGUGCACCAGCAACUGUGUCUGAAGAGGUGCUUGAGUGAAAGGACGACACCAACUGUCCUCCCAAUUCAUUCCCCAGAACCUGGCACUGCCCUCCGGUCUACCAUUUCUCUGACCUUUCUUGGGAAAUAUUAAGUCUAAUGAACGUGGCUACUUUCAGGCAUGUUCAAAGAGAAUGAACUUCAAGCCCCAAGCCUGAGACAAUUUAGGGAGCCAGGUGACCCGCAGCUAGCUGGCUGUCUCAUCGCAGGCACGGCACCAGGUCCUGCCAGGAAUUAGCAAAGCCCUUGGGGCCAGGUGCUUUGAGCUCAGAGGACCCACUCAUAGGUGGAUUUGGGGGGGCAGCGGGUGUAGCUCCUUGUGCCUCCCCAAGCGAGCUCCACUCUGGCCUGAAACUAACGCAGCAAGCGCUCUGGCCUGGCAGGUGGGUGGUGAGCGUCAGUGGAGGGGGAGGGUCUCGGUUAGGAGCAGCGGUGGCGCCGGCUCUGGAGUGUUCCUAAAGGUCAGCGGGCAACGAACGCCGCAGGCAGCCCCACUUGGGUCCCCAGGCCAGUCGCAACGACCCUGCCGGUCAGUCUCCACUUAAGGGGGGCUGACCCCGGGUUGGGCCCAAGGCAACGCGCCCCUGACCCUGGCCUUCACUGGGCAGCAAUCCGCAGGUGAGGGGGCAGGCGCCUACCCCCCGCGCUCCUGGAUUUCAAAGCCCCGCUGGGCUGGGUCGGCCGGCACAGCAGGCGGCCAUCGCGCGGGGUCCCCACCGACCCCUCCCGGUAAAAACCUAGGGGGCCCCACCCUCCAGCUGCUCCGGAGGCGGCUCCAGCUCCAGGGUAGGCUCAACAAGUUCCCGGGCCGCGCAGCGCCGCCUGCAGCCCAGAAACCACGAGGACGCGCCGCGGUAGAGCCCGGCGCGCAGGCGGCAGCCGCCGGCGGCUCUUUCCACCUCCUCCCCAGGCUCGGGCGUCGGCGGGCGGGGGCUCCUGCACUCCCGCCCGCUCCGCUCCCUCGGGUCCCCCCACCCCACGCACGCGGCCCGGUCCGGCCCCGCGCCGCCCCGGCUCCCGCCCCGCGGGGCCCCGGGCUCCGCCCGCCUCACUGCCAGCCGGGCGCACAGGCGGCGGGCGCGCGGCUCCGGCGCCCUGUCCUCCGGCCGCCCGGCUCGGCGGAGUAGCUGGGACCCGGGGGCGGCGGCAAGGACUUCCCUCCCGCUGCCUCCCCGUCUCCGCCCCCGCCUCCCGGCCUCUGCUCCGAGAUCUCGCCGGAGACAAUCGCAGUAAAUGAGGACAUCGGAGGAGCACGGAGCCUGGUGGCUGUGGCUGCCUCCGCCGCGCCGCGAGCCAGCGAGCGCGCGGGCAUCCCCGGAGCCGGCCAAGCCGCUGCCUCCCCGCGCGCGUCGCUGAGCCGGGCCAGAGGGACGCGAGCUGCGGCGCGGGGGCCGGCCGGGCCGGGCGGGCCGGGCCGGCGGCCGUGGAGGGGGCGGGCGGCGGGCGCGCAGCCGGCCAAAUCUCCGGAGCCGAGCCUUCCUCCGCGCGAGCCCGGCGAGCCUCGCCGCGGAUGCUCUGCCCUGAGUGCUGCGUGCCGCUCCAGGCUUGCCCGGGUCCGCGGUGAGACAUGCCCGAGCCCAGCGCUGCACCGACCUCGACUUAUCUGUAAGCAGCCGAAGGAACCAUGGUCAGUAAGGAACCCAGCAAAUGCGCACUCACGACCUCGGCGAGUGAAGUGGAGCCUGCCGCGUGCCUGGCCCUGGAGAUGAAAUACGCCCUGGAUCCCAACCGGCAGAUUAAGAAGCGUAAUAAAGCCCUGCAGGUGCGGUUCAAGGAUAUCUGCGAGGCGCAGAACGAGCAGAGGGACACGCAGCUCUCCUCGGGACAGCUGGGCGACAAGCCGGCGUCCUACAGGGCCACCUACCGCAAAUACAUGACCGUGCCCGCUCGAAGGUCCAUCCCCAACGUCACCAAGAGCACAGGUGUGCAGACCUCACCGGACCUUAAGAAGUGUUACCAAACUUUCCCCCUGGACCGCAAGAAGGGGAAUCUCAAAGGCAUCCCAGCCGCGGAUGCCUUUAAAAGUCAAAACAAUGGGUUUGUAAUUGAUGCGAAAGAGAAGACUGAGGAAGGGCCCGGGGAGGAGUCCCGGCAGUGGGGCGCGGACCGGGUUCAGAAGGCGGCGGCAUUGGUUUUCCACUCCGAUGAGCACGUGAACGCGCUGGGCCAGCCCGCCGGGGUCAACGGCGCAGAGCCAUGCAGAACCCCCGACCUGCACCGCUGCCCAGAUGCUCCUCUCCAGAACUCCACUCGUCCUCCCUCCCAAGAGCCCGAUUACCAGCUGCACGGGAAAGCAAAGCACGACCGGGCGACCCCAGACGCCGAGGAACCCGCCGCAUCAGCCCAUGGGACGGUGUUUAAGACGGAGGUGGCCACCGUUUACGCACCUGCCCCCGGCGCUAGGGCCCCCGAGCUGGCCUUGUCGAACUCCGCCCCCUCGAGCGAGUGGUCCCUCUGCCCCGUGGCCGACCAGGAGCAGAGGAAGGCCUCACAGGCCAAUGGGCUCCAGGCCCCGCCCGGCGCUGCCCUGGCCUGCUCGCCCCCGACGCAGUGCCUGUCCCCCGAAUGUAGUGAAGCGUCCCUGCAGACUCAGGCCCCCCCGGCGCACGAGCACCAGCCUUGUCCGACAGCGCUCGCCGUGGGUGAAGAAUGCCAACAAAUCGUGCCUCGUGCGGAAGUGGUCGAUCUGAAAGCACAGCUUCAGAUGAUGGAGAACUUAAUCAGUUCAAGCCAAGAAACCAUCAAAGUGCUCUUGGGGGUCAUUCAGGAGUUGGAGAAAGGAGAGGCCCAUCGGGAAGGGCUUUCAUAUCGGACUGGGCAAGACACAGCUAAUUGUGACACAUGCAGGAACAGUGCAUGUAUUAUCUAUAGUGUGGAGCUAGAUUUUAAGCAGCAAGAAGACAAACUCCAGCCAGUUCUGAGGAAACUCCAUCCUUUCGAGGAAACUCAGGUCGCACACUCGCCUUACUCUCAGGAGACUUACUCAACUCCCAAGCAAAAACCCAAAACUGAAUCUAAAAAGCACGGAAGAUGGAAACUCUGGUUCCUUUAAAACUCAUGGUGUUUGGAGUUAAAGGCCGUCUUUAAAACCCACUGGAGUUCAAAGUAAAUCCUUUCCCAAAACGAAUAGGACGGAGUGAAUGGUGGCUGACUCGUACACCACCCGUUCUCACCCUGCUUACCAAAAAGGCCUUUGUAACAGAUCAACUCACAGAAGCGAAGUAGUACAUGUCACACCUUGCCAGCUGUUCUUUGCAGUUCGUGGAUGUGGGAUGUAAAACCGGAAACGAAACUUAACAUAGUCAAAGAUGAUAAGUAAACUUUCUAUGCCCGCACCCCAGAUCAGCAAGGAUUACAUUAUCAACCUGCAGAACGGCAGGCUGUCACUCUGUAACACAGCUAAAACUCAUAAUUAUUUUCAAGCCUUUAUUUUUUUUUUAAUACUGAGAAGAAAAAGGAGCCCUUACAUUUGCAAAGGACUUCAUUUUUAUGUUUAAUUUUGCAAAUAAGCGGGGGGCGGGUGCCAUUUUCAGCACAUCCAAUUCCGGAGAAAGCACAAUUUUUUUCAAGUGGUCGGAGACCAUGAAUAAUCUCUAAAAUGUGACUGUAUGUAUAUUUGCCUCAUGUGCUGUAGCGCUAAGCCAAGUGACAUCUCAGCGUCACGCUGACACCUCAAAUUCAGCGUUUGUUUCAACUCCAGACCGGUGACGUGCUUACUGCUCACCCUGCAAAUGCCCGGCAGCCAGGAGUCCCCCAAAGUCAGGACAUGCCUUUAAUCACUGCAAGUUGACAGGGUCAGAGCUAUCGGACACUAAGCUUUCGCAGAUCUCAUUUUUAAUCUUUUGGUACCCAAAGGCCAAAUGAUAAAUCCUGGCAAGAAUUUGAAAACACACGUAGAGAGAUACACAGCAGAUAAUACAGUCACCAAUAAAUCACAGGCAUUCUCUGCCACCGGAAAGUGUUUCUGUGGAUCAAUCUCUGAGACACUGUUCAUCACGAAAGCGCAGCCAGACAUUUUAUACGAUUCGUUACGCUUUGUAACAACUGUAGAAGAUCUGACCAUCUCAAAGAGAAACCGCGUGCUUAGUUUAGCUGCUACCAACAAACCAACUAACGUCACCUACAUUUAACCUAUUAGUGAGUUGUACUAAAUGACAUACCUAGGGGAAAGCUGUGAAUCAAAUGUUUUUAGGUCUUUUUUAAAUAAAUCGUGACACUUCGAGUUCUCUUUUGAUUACACAUUGCAAUAUAAAUCUUAGUUCCUUUAUUUUUUCACUCAUUCCUUUGCACCUUUGCAAGUAUCUUUUUAUAGAAAUCAAAAGCCCCUAGUCUAUUAAGGACUCUUGUCUAUGAAGUUUUGGCUUUUCACAGUAGGAAGUAGGGAUCUUCUUUCGACUUUUUUUGGUUCAACUUUAAUUUUGAGUCGUUUGUGAAUGUACAAUGAAACCGAGUCUUCUGGUCUCUGUCCAACCGUUUCUUAUCUAAUCUCGUGCUCACACGCACACCUCACUGACCAGAUGCCAAUAAGGUGGUCGGCCUUAGUGAAAGGAUCUACCUGCGUUUCUCAGAUUGGAGCUAUUUCUUGCCACGCAUUUUCCUCCUGACUCAAUAGCAAAUCUAUUUUCGUUCUAAGUGUUUUGAUUCUAGAAAGACCUUAGUGGACUUGAAAAAAAAGUGACAGGAGUAUCUCAUGUAAGCAUUCUUUGGGGAUUACUCAAGCUAUACCACAGAUGUGUGCUUUAAUUAGAAGAAAAACACGCAUCUUUUGUGGACAUGAUACAUGAGGAUACAAAUCCUUGAAUAUCAGUUAACAGAAUUGAGAAAUAUUUUUGCGCAAGAGGAAGGCUAAGUUGAUCCUGUACCAUGAAGGAAGUGCAAUUGUUUCAUGUAGAGAUAAAAUUUAAAAAAAUGUGUUUCAUGUAUUUUCUACUCUUUUUAACUAGAGUUAUAAAAAAUGUUUGCAACAAGCUAUCUCUCCUUGUGUUUUCAAAAUCCCGACUAUCUCAGUGAAUUGAAAUAAGGGUGUUAGCAGCUCUCUGCUUAGUACCAUAAUUCCAUCUAAACAAGAGGACAUCUAGUAAACAAAGUAACAUCACUGUUUGAAAGCAGUCUAGACAAAAAAAAAAGUUAAUAUUUUCAGGAUCAAAAAGGAAACUGAAGAUAAAUUCCUAUUUAAAAAUGAAACUGUCUUCAGAAUAGAAAAAAAAAUAUUUUCAAACUCAUUUCAUAGUUUAACUGCAAUGUGUCCUAACAGAUGAUGACUCUUCUCUUAGAAAGAUUUAAGUAAAAUCUUUGAUACAAAACCAAGGUAAAAAGUACCAUGUUCCCUCAUAUGUAGAUGUACACAUGGCAUUACGUAUAGAGAUUAAAUUAUUAUACUUGUCACUAAGUUCUUUAUUAAUUUUUAAAUAAAAAAAAAUCAAAGGUCAUGUUUUGUGUGGCUAUUAAUCUUAUCAAUCGUGGUUUCAAUAAUUUGGUAAAAAAUAAGUAAUCUGAGGGAAUAAUAAUAAAGGAAAGAUGUUCAGGCUGAAGAGAACUCCAUUGGGUCUUUGGGAGAGGAGAAGGGCCGUGGGCACUGCCUACUGGCCUGGUCUGGCUGGGGAGGGGGCAGGGCUGAAAUCCAGCUCAAACUCAG